ACGAUCGACACACAUAGAGAUAUUUUAUGGAGAGCCAAAUUUGACCCGGCAAUAUUCGAUGCAUAAGACAAGUAAAACGAUUGGUAGACUUUGUUUUGGUCGCUGUCUUUGAUAUUAAUAUUUUACAAAAUCCGAAGUUCAAAAUUCCCAUUCCAAAGUGUUGAUGAUCGAAAAUGGAGAAUUUGCCACGAGAAUUGGUGUCCAACGUGCUCACGAGGUUGCCCGCGAAGGUGUUGAUGCUAUGCAAGUGCGUUUGCAAGUCAUGGUUCGAUCUCAUAACCGAUCCUCAUUUCGUUACCAAUUACUAUGUUCUCUACAACACUCUCGAAACCCAAGAGGAACAUCUCUUGGUGAUUCGAAGACCCUUUUUUUCGGGCCUCAAAACUUACAUUUCGGUUCUUUCAUGGAAAACCAACGACCCCAAAGAACAUGUUUUGUCUCAUGUUUUGAACCCUCCCUAUGAAUUCAACACUGACCACAAAUACUGGACCGAAAUCUUGGGUCCUUGCAAUGGCAUAUACAUGCUAGAAGGCAAUCCUAAUGUCUUGGUCAACCCUUCUCUGAGGCAGUUCAGGGCUUUGCCAGAGUCCCAUUUCGCUACCCGAUGUGGGACUUACUCUUUCACUGACUACGCUGGCUUUGGCUUCGACCCCGAAACCGGUGACUUCAAAGUUGUGGUGAUCAAGGACCUUUGGUUGAAGGAAACAGACGAAAGACAAGUUGGGUAUUGGACUGCUGAGUUGUUCAGCCUCAGCUCCAAUUCUUGGAGAAAACUUGAGGAUGCUCUCCCACUUCCACUUGAAAUUUGGGGCUCUUCUCGGGUCUAUACUUACGCCAACAAUUGUUGUCACUGGUGGGGCUUUGUUGAUGAGUUUGGUGCAAUACGAGAUGUGGUUCUAGCGUUUGACAUGGUCCAUGAUGUCUUUAGGAAGAUCAAGGUGCCCAAAAUACGUGACUCUUCGGAGGAGAGUUUUGCGACUCUUGCACCCUUUAACGAGUCCGCUACAAUUGGUGUGAUUGUUUACCCUGUGAAGGGAACAGAGAAGCACUUUGACGUGUGGGUGAUGAAGGAUUAUUGGGAUGAAGGGUCUUGGGUUAAGCAAUACAGUGUUGGACCUGCGCAAGUGAUUUACAAGCUCGUGGGGUUUUGUGGGAGCGAUCGGUUUCUUUGGAAGGACAGCAACGAAAGAUUGGUGAUUUAUGAGUCGGAGAAAAUAAGGGAUCUUGAGGUUUAUGGAAAAUAUGAUUCCAUAAGGGCUGCUAGGUACACGGAAAGUCUUGUUUCUCUUCAAAGGGGUGAUGAAUUUGAUCACAAAUGUUUUUCUUGUAGUUUGAUUCCGGAUCCUCUGCUACAUGACAGUGAAUAUCUUGUUACGUUUUAGUAAGUUGAACUUUAAUUAGGCUUCGUUAGUGUCUUUGGUUUGGUUUGGUUUGUUGCUUGUAGAUCAGCCUUGUUAGUUAUUUGUCGCCCAAAUUGACAUUAGCUGCAAUUGGCUUAUGAGUUAUAAUAUAAUGUAUUUUUCUUCUUGUUGAUAAAACGAAGUUAGACUUUGGGUUUAUAAUGACAUAAUCAUGCGCUGGUGAUAGAAUUUUCGUUUUUUAAUGUUAAGACUUUGGAACUCAUCAUUGAUCCCUUCAGAGUUCAGGGUUGCAUGAUUGAAGAAAGUUCAGAAAGAAAUGGCUUGUCAAUUUUUUCUUGUUUUGUGGGUACAGAAAGGGUCAUACAUGGUCUUAACUCUUAACCCAGUUUUCAUGCCGUGGCUUGCAUGUGAUGUUUAAUUUUCUGGUUAGACGAAGAAGAAGUAAUUUGCAAAGGAGAAUUUUUUUCUCU